AUGAAACUCUCACUUGGUACACCAUCCCACCUCUACUGGGCCACUCUCGUCACUGUUAGCGACCUCAUAUGGACGAUGUGCCGUCCUUGUGACUCCUGCUCCGGCCAAACAUCAAUGUUUGAUCCACUUCAGUCGUCCACCUACAAGAGCCAGACGUGCUGUGCCAGAUCUUGCAUGGAACUGCCCAUUCAUGGUUGCACUAUCAACCAACUUUGCGGAUUCAUAUAUUCCUAUGAAGACAAAUCCUUCGUAGAAGUGAUACUGGCCUCGGAAACGCUCUUGUUUGACAAUGGUGCUGGCACCGUCAAGCUUCCAGAAAUUGUCUCUGGUUGUGUUCAUCAGGAUGGCCAUCCUAAUCCCUCCUUGCUUGAAGUUCCUGACCUUGUUGGCCUCGGAGGUGGUCCUCUCUCACUUGUAAAUCAGAUUGGCUCUUCUAUUGAUGAUAAAUUUGCCUACUGUCUUCCUCCCAAUAUGAAAUCACGUCAGACAGCUCAAAUCCGGAUGGUUGAAAGUGUAAUCGCCUGCUUAGCCAUUAAAGACGGAGAGGUGCCCAUCUUCGGGAAUGUUGUGCAGCCGAACAUGCAUGUGAAGUAUGAUUUGGGGAAGAGGCUGCUUUCUCUUGCACCAGCUGAAUCUUUGGACGCUGCUUAA